GCUGCCCAGGGGAAAGCGGCCGCAAUGAUCUCUGCCACCCCUCUGCUCACUCUCGCCUUCCUCCUGGGAGCCUCUGGCCAGCUGUCGCCGACUUUCUCCCGCAGUUCGAGCCGGGACGGCCGGUGCAUUUACUCCUUCACCGUGGCCAGCCCGGAGGCGGCCGGCUGCUCGGAGCCCGGAGAGGCUCUGGCCGCUGUCCGGGAGCUGCAGAGGGAGCGGGCCAGCCAGCAGAGAGAGCUGGAGUCGCUGGGCGACCGGCUGCGCCGCCUAGAAGCGAGGUCCCAGCGGGAUUCGGGGGCCCAGAGCCCCCCCAGCCCGCCGGCCAAGCACCAGGAGCAGGUCAGGCGGCUGCAGCUGGAGAAGUUGGAGUUGCGGAGGUGGCUGGAGAGCGUGAAGCAGGAGAACGUUCAGCUCCGAGCCAAGCAGUGUCCCACCGUUCCAGACACUCCGCAGGACCCCCAGCAAGGGAAACAGGGUUUCUCCAGUUCACCAUCUCGACAGAAAACGCAGCCUGACCGAGGAGCGUCUAAUCGGAGCUUGGAAAAUCCUGGAUACCAAGAGCUGAAAUCGGAGAUCACAGAGAUCCCAGCUCCCAGACUGAAACAGCGGAACGAUUCUGGCCUCCUGACCACAACACAGCAGAUUUCAGGUUGUGGAAUGCUAGAGUGGGUAGGAGAUCCAGUUACAUUCCAAAAAGCAGACAACAUUGCAGGCAAGUACGGAGUUUGGAUGAAAGAUCCUGAGCCUGUGACACCUCACACCAGGGAGACAAUCUGGAGAAUCAACGCAGUUGGCACUGACAUUCGGGAGCUAUACGAGUACAGUGACCUAGAUCAGUUCAUGAGAGGCUAUCCCAACAAAGUUUAUUUGUUACUAGAACCAGUAGAAAGCACAGGGAGUGUCAUUUACAGAGGAUCCUUAUAUUACCAGAAACGCAGGUCAAGGACCUUGUUGAGAUAUGAAAUUAAAACAGGGGCCAUUUUAGUUCGAAAGGACUUGCCCAAUGCAGGCUUCCGAGGAGUCUACCCAUAUUCCUGGGGUGGCUAUACAGACAUAGAUUUUGCUGUAGAUGAGCUGGGGCUUUGGGUAACUUACAGCACCAAUCAAGCUCAAGGAGCCAUUGUGAUCUCCAAAUUGGAUCCAAACAGCCUGGAAAUACAGCAAACCUGGACGACGACUAUACGCAGAAGAUCAGUUGCUAAUACUUUCAUGAUCUGUGGGAUUCUCUAUACGCUGAACAGUUAUUCCAUUCGCAACGCCAUCAUCAAUUUUGCUUACAACACCAACACAAACAGCAGCAAGGUGCUGAACAUCCCAUUUGAGAACCGCUACCAAUACAACAGCAUGACUGAUUACAACCCAGCAGAGAAGAAAAUCCUGGCUUGGGACAAUUAUAACUUGGUCAUGUAUGACAUUAGGCUUUCCAAAAUAUGAAGGCCUUAAGAAUAUCUUUGAUUGUUAUUUUCUCUUAAAAAAAUGUAUGUAGUUAGUGGCUAGUUAUAGCACAGCAGUAAUUUGAGCACUAAUUCCAGAGCAGAGAAGACCACCAUCAUCAUUUAGGAGUGAAAUAAAUGUUAAAAUAAUUAAA